UACAUUCUGCUUUAUACUCAAAUAGUUGUAAAAAAAUGCCAGAGCAUUUGUUGAUAUAUGCCAUGUUGAUGUGUUCCCUUCUAAGGGCAUGGGAAGUAGGAGGUACAUGUGUAAACCUAUUCAUGAAUUUUAGCUUCUCCCUUGAGAUGGAAGGCAUGCCUGAAGGCCAUGACUGCAAUGCCCCAAAUGCCACAAGUAGCUUUUCAGGAGAUGCAUGCAUUAGUGAGCUGCAAGAACAUCUACUGCCGAUCGCUAAUGUGGGGCGAAUCAUGAAGAAAGUACUUCCGCCUAAUGCCAAGAUAUCCAAGGAAGCAAAAGAAACCAUGCAAGAAUGUGCUUCCGAGUUCAUUGGCUUCAUCACUGGAGAGGCUGCGGACAUAUGCCACAAGGAUGAUCGCAAGAGCGUCAAUGGAGAUGACAUUUGUAGUGCUAUGAAGACACUUGGGCUAGACUAUUAUGGGAAUGCCAUGAAGAGAUACUUGAUCAGGUACAAGGAACAUGAGGAGAGGGCAUCUACUUCCAAACUAAAUAGAAACACUGUAAUCGAUAUUGUUGAUGAAUUAUCUAUCUCAAAGGCUGGUUCCUCUGGAAGGUGUCCAAUGAAUCAUCCAAGAGGUUGAUAGUCCAAUAGGUUGCAAUGAAUGGUAAUGGAAAUGAUUUCCUGCU